AUGACAGGCCCAGAAAUACCCAUCCCACCUCAGUUCGCUUCCAAGGUUCGAUAUGUUCCCAGCAAGGACUCACGUACCGACGCCGAGAUCAUUGCUGCGCUCAAGCAAAACGUACCAGUCACGUCGGAGAAAAACAUUUGGACGUACUGGCAUGCAGGCAUCGAUGCUAUGCCGUCAUGGAACCAACGCACCAUAUGCGACUGGGUCCGUCUGCACGCUCCGGGCUGGACUGUCCGUGUCCUCAACACCGUCCCUGGCCAUCCAAACCACGCGCUGAACUGGAUAGAGCCCGAUCAGCUUCCAGAAACCUUUAUCAAAGGGACAAUGACUGGACCAUACACAGGGCCCCAUUCUGCAGACUUUCUACGCUGUGCUGCAAUAUAUAGAUAUGGAGGUGCAUGGUUGGACGUCAGCUGCAUGCUUUUCCGAAGCCUGGACCAGAUAUGCUGGGAUCAGCUUGCCGACGACAAUUCGCCUUUCACCAUCAGCGCCGCAAUCCAGUGGGAUAUGAUCAUGGCCAACGCCUUUGUGGUAGCGCGAAAAGGCGACCUUUUCAUCAAGAAAUGGCACGAGCUCUUCAUGCAUCUCUGGAAGGACCAAAACGACUGGGCCGGCAUCGUCAAAUCACCGCUCAUUAUGUCCUUCCUGCAAAACAUCAACUUCGACCAUGCCGAGGCCGCUGGAUUCCACUGGAAGUUCACGGUUGAUCCGGUUACGGUCCUAGGAUAUAUUGGCCAAGUUCUCUCCUGGUGCAGGGUGGCGAGUCUCAAGGAGCCCAAUGGAGGGUUUGACGGCGUGGAGUACUACACUAAGCAUGUUCUCUGCUUCGAUGCACUCAACGAGAUUUGGGCAGCCGAGAAGACGGUUGGGUAUGACGGCAACGACAUCCAUAAGGUCUUCACCACGCGCCUGGAUGCAGACCCGGAGAGCAAGGAGUACAAGAAGGCGUACGAAGCCACAUGGAGGCUGUUGACGGAAAGCAGCCUGCAGAAGAUCACGCAUGGCAAGAACUUGACGACUGAUACCCACUGUGGUGUUUUGCUUGACCAGCAAGAGGGCAGUGAUUGCGCCCCGGGUACGUUUGGUGAGCUUUUGAGGUAUGGUAGGGUACAUUUCGAGCAAACACGAGAGCAGAUCGACUAUCGGGAUGCUUUCAGGGUUGAAGGCGUAAAAGUUUUGGAGAAGGGCUUGCUGGAAGCAUAG